AUGAGCACCACUGCAACUACCUCCUCAUACUUACCUCAACAAGAGUUUAGCGAGACUAACAUUUACCAAUAUGAUGAGGUUCCAGAAAACAAAUCUUGGGCUUCUUCCUUGCCUAUAGCAAAAGGUCUCUACAACCCAGAAUACGAAAAAGAUGCCUGUGGUGUUGGUUUCACUUGUCACUUGAAAGGUUCACCAUCUCACAAAAUUGUAUCAGACGCCAAGAACUUGUUAUGUAACAUGACCCAUAGAGGGGGUGAAUUGAACCCUAAAGACGGUGAUGGUGCUGGUUUGUUGAGUUCAAUCCCACACAAAUUCUUAAAACGCGAGUUUGCAUACCACUGCAAUGUCACAUUACCUAAAAAGGGCCAAUACGGUGUAGGUAAUUUGUUCUUCAAAAAGGAUGAUGCCGUUUUUGACAAGUCCAAAAAGACAUUUGAAAAUAUUGCCGAUUCUUUGGAUUUGAAGGUGUUGGGAUGGAGAAAGGUACCACACGAUUCUUCUAUUUUGGGACCAGCUUCCUUGUCCAGAGAGCCAUACAUUUUACAACCAGCUGUCGUUAUGAAGGAGAUUUUGGAUUUGGAUGUCGACGAAGAAGAAUUUGCAUCAAAAUACCAACAAGAAUUUGAAAAAAGAUUGUUCAUCUUGAGGAAACAAUCAUCCCACACAAUUGGAUUACACAACUGGUUCUACAUUUGUUCACUUUCGUCAAAAACUAUUGUAUACAAGGGUCAAUUAGCUCCAAACCAAGUUUAUGCAUACUACCAUGACUUGGUCAAUUCAGAAUACGAGUCUCAUUUUGCCUUGGUUCACUCUAGAUUCUCAACAAACACUUUCCCAUCUUGGGAUAGAGCUCAACCAUUGAGACUAGCAGCUCAUAAUGGUGAGAUCAACACUUUGAGAGGUAACAAAAACUGGAUGAGAGCCAAAGAAGGUGUCAUGAAAUCCAAAUUGUUUGGCGAAGAAAUGGACAAGUUGUUUCCAAUUAUUGAAGAAGGUGGGUCAGACUCAGCUGCGUUUGAUAAUGUUUUGGAGUUAUUGGUUGUGAAUGGAGUUGUAUCCUUGCCAGAAGCAGUUAUGAUGAUGAUUCCAGAGGCUUGGCAAAAUGACGAGUACAUUGACCCAAAAAAGAAGGCCUUUUACGAAUGGGCUGCUUGUUUGAUGGAACCUUGGGAUGGUCCUGCUUUGUUCACUUUUGCUGACGAUAGGUACUGUGGAGCCAACUUGGACCGUAAUGGUUUGAGACCAUGUAGGUACUAUGUCACCGAUGACGACAGAAUGAUUUGUGCUUCGGAAGUUGGUGUUAUUGGCAUUGAACCAGAAAAAGUUUUACAAAAGGGAAGAUUACAGCCAGGCAGAAUGUUGUUGGUUGAUACCAAAGAAGGAAGAAUUGUUGAUGAUAGAGAGUUGAAGAACAAUGUUGCUUCUAGAUUUGACUUCAAGAGUUGGGUCUUGGCCAAUAUGAUUUCAUUGAAAGAUUUAUCAGAAAAGUUUGAAUCAAGAAAUAUCAAUUUGAACGCAAAGCCUAUAGAUGCCAAUUUGACAAUUGAAACCGAUCCUAGAUUGGUGGCUUCCGGUUAUUCUCACGAACAAGUUUUAUUUGUCUUGGCACCAAUGGCAGAGGGGAAUGAAGCAUUGGGAUCUAUGGGUAAUGACAAUGCUUUGGCGUGCAUCUCUGAACAACCCAAGUUGUUGUAUGAGUAUUUCCGCCAAUUAUUUGCUCAAGUCACUAACCCACCAAUUGACCCUAUUAGAGAAAAGAUUGUCAUGUCUUUGGAAUGUUAUGUGGGACCACAAGGUAAUCUUUUGGAAAUGAGACCAGACCAAUUGAAUAGAUUAUUGUUGAAAUCGCCAAUCUUAACCAAUGACGAGUUAUUGGCUAUUCAAAACAUUGAAAAAGUUUACCCUACUUGGUCAGUUGCCAAUAUUGACUUUACAUUUGAAAAAUCUGAGGGUAUCCAAGGAUAUAUCAACACCAUUGAUAGAAUUUGCCAGGCUGCUUCUAAAGCUAUUGCCGAUGACAAUCAAAUCAUUGUUUUGAGUGAUAUUGCCACCAGUGCUGACAGGUUACCAAUUUCCGCUUUGAUUGCAGUGGGUGCUGUCCACCAUCACUUGGUUAGACAAAAGCAACGUUCGAAAGUUGCAUUGAUUGUCGAGACACAGGAAGCAAAAGAGGUUCAUCAUGCAUGUUGCUUGGUUGGUUAUGGUGCCGAUGGUAUCAACCCUUACUUGGCAAUGGAAACUUUGGUGAGAAUGAAGAGACAAGGCCUUUUGAAGAAUGAAUCCUUGACAGAAGAGAAAGUUAUUGACAAUUAUAAAAAAUCUAUUGAUGCCGGUAUUUUGAAAGUUAUGUCCAAGAUGGGUAUCUCAACAUUGGCUUCUUAUAAAGGUGCUCAAAUUUUUGAAGCUCUUGGUGUUGACAACUCGGUGAUUGAUAGAUGCUUUGUUGGUACCGCUUCCAGAAUCAAGGGUGUCACAUUUGAAUACAUUGCCCAAGACGCAUUCACUUUGCAUGAAAGGGGAUUCCCAACAAGAGAUACAGUCAAGCCAAUUGGUUUACCAGAAACCGGUGAAUACCACUGGAGAGAUGGUGGGGAUGCACAUAUCAACGAGCCUGCUGCAAUUGCCUCAUUGCAAGAUGCUGUUCGUAACAAGAAUGAAAGAGCUUUCGAUGCCUAUUGUAAGAAGGAGAAUGAAGCCGUGAGAAACUGUACAUUACGUGGUUUGUUGGACUUUGACUUUGAAUCAUCUACUCCUGUUCCAAUUGACCAAGUUGAACCAUGGACAGAAAUUGUCCGUCGUUUCUUUACCGGUGCCAUGUCUUAUGGGUCCAUUUCUAUGGAGUCUCACUCUACAUUGGCUGUUGCCAUGAAUAGAUUGGGCGGGAAAUCAAACACUGGUGAGGGUGGUGAAGACGCAGCUCGUUCACAAGUUAGCGAAAAUGGUGACACAAUGAGAUCCGCCAUUAAGCAAGUUGCAUCAGGAAGAUUCGGUGUCACUUCUUACUACUUGGCUGAUGCAGAUGAGUUACAAAUUAAAAUGGCUCAGGGUGCUAAGCCAGGUGAGGGUGGUGAAUUGCCAGGACACAAGGUGUCUGCAGAGAUUGGUAAAACUAGACACUCGACUCCAGGUGUUGGUUUGAUCUCUCCUCCUCCACAUCACGAUAUCUACUCCAUUGAAGAUUUGAAGCAGUUGUUGUAUGAUUUGAAAUGUUCAAACCCAAGAGCCAGAACUUCAGUCAAGUUGGUCUCCGAAGUCGGUGUCGGUAUUGUUGCAGCUGGUGUUGCCAAAGCUGGUUCCGAAAACAUUUUGAUUUCUGGUGGUGAUGGUGGUACUGGUGCAGCCAAGUUGACCUCUAUCAAAUAUGCUGGUUUACCUUGGGAAUUGGGUUUAGCUGAGUCCCAUCAAACAUUGGUUUUGAACGAUUUGAGGGGAAGGGUCAUUUUACAAACCGAUGGUCAAUUGAGAACCGGUAGAGAUAUUGCAAUUGCUUGUUUGUUGGGUGCCGAGGAAUGGGGGUUUGCAACGACUCCUUUGAUUGCCAUGGGUUGUAUUUACAUGAGAAAGUGUCACACCGGAGCUUGUCCGGUUGGUAUUGCAACUCAGGACCCUGAAUUGAGAAAAAAGUUUGAAGGUACUCCUGAGCAUGUCAUCAACUUUUUCUACUACAUGGCAAAUGACUUGAGACAAUUUAUGGCCAGAUUAGGUUUUAGAACUGUUGCUGAAAUGGUUGGAAGAGCAGAAAAGUUGAAGGUUAGAGAUGAUUUUAGAAACACAAAGAGUGCCAAUAUCGAUUUGUCGCCAAUCCUUACUCCUGCCCAUACAAUUAGACCUGGAGUUGCUACACACUGUGUUAGAAAGCAAGACCACAAGUUGCACAUCAGAGUUGACAAUAAAUUGAUUGAUGAGUCAGAGUUGACUUUGGCUAAAGGAUUACCAGUCACCAUUGAUUGUGAAGUUGUCAAUACUGAUCGUUCUUUGGGUACCACUUUGUCUUAUAGAGUGUCAAAAACUUUUGGAGAACAAGGAUUGCCUCAUGAUACUAUCCAUGUCAAUGUCACUGGUUCUGCUGGCCAAUCUUUUGGAGCCUUUUUGGCAUCUGGUGUCACAUUAGAAUUAGAAGGUGAUGCCAAUGACUAUAUCGGGAAAGGGUUAUCAGGAGGUAGAAUCAUUGUAUACCCACCACUUGAAUCAAAGUUCAAAGCAGAGGACCAAAUCAUUGCCGGUAACACUGCCUUCUUUGGUGCUACAUCCGGUUCCGCAUUUAUUAGAGGUAUUGCUGCGGAAAGAUUUGCAGUUAGGAACUCGGGUGCCAUUAUUGUGACUGAAGGUACUGGUGACCAUGGUUGUGAAUACAUGUCUGGUGGUAGAGUUGUUGUUCUUGGGUCAACUGGUAGAAAUUUUGCUUCUGGUAUGUGUGGUGGUAUUGCUUACGUCUUGGACAUGGCUCAAGAUUUCUCAGAUAAAGUCAACAAAGCCAAUGUUGAACUUUCCUCUGUUGCUGAAACUGAUGAAAUUGCAUUUUUGAGAAACUUGAUUGAGGAUCAUCGUCAUUACACUGGAUCCGAAGUUGCCGACAGAAUCUUGAAUGAUUUCAAUAGAUACUUGCCUAGAUUUGUCAAGGUGUUGCCUUAUGAUUAUAAAAAGGUAUUGGAGAAGGAAAAGAAACUUGCAGAGGAGGCAAAGAAGAAAGAAUUGAGCAAAUUUAUGAAGUCAAUCAAGGAAGACCCUGAAUCUGACGUUACUAAUGGUGAAGCAUACAAGAUCAAGAAGGGACACGUUCACCGCCCAUCAAGUAAGAACAAUGAACCAAAGGUUGCUGAUGUCGAGGACACGAUUUUCGACACAGAGUUUGAAAAGAAGGCACCAGUCAAAUUGGACAAGGUUAGAGGCUUUAUGAAGUACAAGCGUAGAAACGAAAAGUACAGAGAUGCCAAACUGAGAACCAAAGAUUGGAAUGAAAUGACCCUGAGAUUGACCAAGGAUGAGUUGAAGUAUGAAACUGCUAGAUGUAUGGAUUGCGGUGUUCCAUUCUGUACCUCUGACACUGGUUGUCCAAUCUCCAAUGUCAUUCCAAAAUGGAACGAAUUGGUUUUCAACGAUAGGUGGUUUGAUGCGUUGCAAAGGUUGAUGAUGACAAACAACUUUCCCGAAUUUACUGGAAGGAUUUGUCCUGCUCCAUGUAAUGGUGCUUGUGUUUUGGGUAUCAAUGAAGAUCCCGUUAACAUCAAGUCAGUUGAAUGUGCCAUCAUUGAUUACGGGUUCGAACAGGGUUGGAUCAAACCAGAACCUCCAACUCACAGAACAGGUAAGACUGUGGCCAUUAUUGGAUCAGGACCAGCCGGUUUAUCAUGUGCCGACCAAUUAAAUAAAGCCGGUCACUCAGUCACUGUUUAUGAAAGAAGCGACAGACCAGGUGGAUUGUUGAUGUAUGGUAUUCCAAACAUGAAGUUGGACAAGGGAAUUGUCAAGAGAAGGACUGACUUGUUAGCUGCAGAGGGUAUUGAAUUCGUUUGCAACACUACUGUUGGUGAAGACAUAACCGUGUCUGAAUUGCAAUCCAACUUUGAUGCUGUGGUCUUUGCUGUUGGUUCAACCAUUCCUAGAGACUUGAAGAUUCCAGGAAGAGAAUUGGAGAACAUCAACUUUGCCAUGCAAUUGUUACACAAGAACACCAAGGCGCUCUUGGAUGACGAAUUAGAAGAAGUACGCAAGACUUUGGAGGGUAAACACGUUGUUGUUAUUGGUGGUGGUGAUACAGGUAAUGAUUGUUUGGGUACGUCUACCAGACACGGAGCCAAAUCCGUCACCAACUUUGAAUUGUUGCCUCAUCCUCCUGCGUCGAGACCAAAGGAUAAUCCAUGGCCACAAUGGCCCAGAAUCUUUAGAGUUGACUAUGGACACACUGAAGUUUCGACUCACUACGGUAAGGAUCCAAGAGAAUACUCAAUCUUGUCCAAGGAAUUUGUUGGCGAGGACGGUAAAGUCAAGGGUAUAAAAACUGUCAGAGUCGAGUGGAAACGUUCUGAUCUGGGUGCUUGGCAAAUGGCUGAAGUUCCAGGUAGUGAAGAAUUUUUCCCAGCUGAUGUUGUGUUGUUGUCUAUGGGUUUCAUCGGACCUGACGCAGAUAAUCUUGAAGUGCAAAAGACAAAGAGAGGCACAAUCACCACUGUUAACCCUAAUGUUUACAAAGUUGACAAUGAAUCUAAUUUGUUUGCUGCUGGUGAUUGUAGAAGAGGUCAAUCCUUAGUUGUUUGGGGUAUACAAGAAGGUAGACAAGCAGCUAGAGAGGUUGACGAGUAUUUGAUGUCUUCAACCAGAUUACCCGGUAAUGGAUCUAUUGAGCAAAGGAAUUACAAGUUGCUCGAGGUGUAUUGCGAAGCUUGA